AAACAAAUUGAUGAAUUUAUAAACAUAAAAAGCGGCAGAAAACCAGAAUUCCCGCCACCCUGCAAACGGAUUCAGAAAUCUCCACUACGAUGGCGGCCCCUGCCAAAACCCUAAUCGACUUCUUCCAGCAACCGGCGGCGAAACGCCUCAAGGGAGCCUCUUCCCCUCCACUCAGCCCAUUUUCCUCGCUCAAGGACGACGGCACCGCCGCUUCCUCCAUUUCUGCAUGUUCUUCCCCUCCACUCAGCCCAUUUUCCUCGCUCAAGGACGACGGCACCGCCGCUUCCUCCAUUUCGCCGGAGCAGAAGCGCAGAAUGGAAUACAACAAAUCCCUCGCAUUGUCGAAGCGGAACCUAAAACUAUGCUCUGGUAAACUCUCCAAGGCUGUUGCAACAGGGGUGGGGUAUGUAAAACUGGAGGAGCUAUUAGUGGAGGAGACCUGGUCAGAAGUGCUAUCCGGGGAGCUGCAAAAGCCUUAUGCAAGAAAGUUGUGUGAGUUUGUCGAGGCUGAAAUAUUCCAUGGCAGCACACCAAUUUACCCUCCCCAGCAUCUGAUUUUUAAUGCUCUUAACACCACUCCAUUUGACUCAGUAAAGGCCGUUAUUAUUGGACAGGACCCAUACCAUGGACCAGGCCAAGCAAUGGGCCUCUCUUUCUCUGUGCCAGAAGGCAUCAAAGUGCCUUCAAGUCUACAAAACAUAUAUAAAGAGCUCCAGAAAGAUAUGGGAUGCACAAUUCCAUCUAAUGGGAAUCUUGAAAAAUGGGCUGUACAGGGUGUCCUGCUAUUAAAUGCUGUUCUAACAGUUAGACAGCAUCAGGCCAACUCUCAUGCCAAAAAAGGGUGGGAGCAGUUUACUGAUGCUAUAAUUGGAGCAAUUUCACAGAAAAGGAGUGGAGUUGUUUUUCUCCUCUGGGGAAACUAUGCCCAGGCGAAAUCCCGGUUGAUAGAUGAAUCAAAGCACUAUAUUCUCAAAUCAGCACAUCCUUCAGGUUUAUCCGCAAACAGGGGCUUUUUUGGAUGCAGGCAUUUUUCUCGGACAAACCAGCUCUUGGAGAAAUUGGGAGUAUCUCCAAUAGAUUGGCAGUUGUAGUGCUACAGGGACAGGACGUUCCCAUGCUUUGUAACCUCGACUCAUGAGUGAUGAGUCUGAGAUCUUUUGCCACCAUGUAUCAUCUGCUGGGUUGUAGAGUCUUGUAGUACAAAUAUGCAUGUAUAGUUAUGAGGUUUCCAACCUCAUAUUGCCGACUUGCAGUUGAGUAUUGCUCUCUGCAAAUAGUAGGCCCUCUAAUUAUAUAUCUGUAUGUUCUUUUGCCAAGCCCAAGAUGAUGUUUUUGAUUUGGAUUAUGUAGAUUCCAGAUCGUUCUUCUUCA